AUGGCAUCGGAAUUUUUUCCAGGUAUCUAUCUUAAGAUUACAGUACAUGAUAUUCUGAUAAAUGGCCACGGUUGUAAUCCAAAACAAAAUACUACGAAUUGCGAUGUGAUACCAUUAUCAACAUAUUAUAUGCAAUACAAUAAAUCAUAUCGAUUCCGUUUGAUUAAUAGUCAAACAUAUGGAUGUCCGCUUGAGUUUACAGGACAUAACCUAACUGUUAUAGCGACCGAUGGAUAUCCAGUUAAACCGGUAACGUUUGAUGCAUUUCUUAUGCUGUCCGGAGAGAGAUACGAUGUUGUGGUUCAUGCAAACAACGACAGAAACAAAAAAGAGGCAUAUAUACGUGUUCGAGCUCUCAAUAAAUGUGCAUUGAAUAAACUGCAAGUGUUUGGCAGAAUAAUAUUUGUUGAAGAUCAAUUGAAAGUUGAGAAAUUCAUCUCACAUGUUCGACCUUAUACGGAUCAACUCGACUACCAUGUACCUUUCAAACAAAACGCUGUUGUAAUGAACCAUCCCACGCUCAAUUGUCGGAUUGGAAAUCAUUUAUGUGUAGCUGACUUGAAACAAAAAGGUGUUCGCGGUCCAAGUGGAGGCAAUAUGAGAGAAGUGCGGCCAAACCGAGAAAUACCAAUAAGAUUCUUCCCUAAGAGGCUAAAAUUCCAGCCAAGUCAUUUUCAUGCUACUGAUAUGGUUGUAAAUAGGGCUGCGGCCAACGACAUGAAUAAAAUUAUAAUGACAGGAACGCCAGUUCCUGGAUUAACUCAAGAUGAUUCAUUUGUACCAUAUUGUAAUGAAUCAACUUUGGCAAAUGAAACGGCAAUUGAAGGAAUGCAUUUUUGUCCGCAUUUAAUUCAGCUGAAACUCGGUGAAGUCGUUGACUUUUUACUAUCUGAUGUUACAUAUGAACUUGAAGACAUCCAUUCAUUCCAUUUUCAUGGGUAUGGAUUUCAAAUAAUAGAUAUGGGAAAACUUGAGCAAUAUAAAACAAACACAACACCUUACUACAAUGACACUCAUCCCCCAACUGUUAAGGAUACAAUUGGUGUUCCUAUAGGCGGCUUUGUUCGAAUUCGAUUCCGAGCUUCAAAUCCAGGAUAUUGGAUGUUCCACUGCCAUUUCGAAAUACAUAUGUACAUCGGCAUGAGAUUAAUUGUACGAGUCGGAGAUAAAUCUCAAAUGAGAUCAGCACCGGUCGGGUUUCCAAGUUGCAGUGACUAUCUUCCACCAGUUAUCGGAAUGUGAUUUUUCACUCCUCAAUUGUGUGUUACAAUUUUUUUAGUGAAACAUGAUUUUGCUCAUUUUGACGUUUAAAACCAAGAAAAUUGUGUGUGCCACUUUAAAAAAAAAACUUUUAUUCGGAUACACUUAUGCUUGUACGAUUUCAUUGAAGAAUGCUCCGCGUCCAAUUACACACAAAAUACAAAUCGAUUACAUUUUUACUUAUAAUCAUCAUUCUAAAUAAAGAUGGAAAUUAACAUACGGUU